GGGAAAAAAAGUUCAACUCAUCGCCUCCACCACGCUCCAGCUUCGGGACGUCAAGCAACAUGGCGACGAGAUCGCUGGCAGAUGAGGUCGCCAGCCUCAACGCCAUCGUCACCUCGGCUCUGUCGCUCUUCAGCAAUCUCCAGGACGUCCUGGAACAAAUCAACCCUCCCCCAUCCUCCCGUCCCCCGACCUCGUCCACCUCGGCGCCCCGCGUCUCACGACAAACGUCCCCGCCAGCCGUCGACGCCGUCCCUCUCGCUAAAGACUGUGCAGAGUUGAUCAAGGCGCACAGCGCAAAGAUCGUGCUGCUCCUGACCCACGAGCCCUACAGUCCGAAGGCGGCGGUUUCUGUCAUCACCCAAUUGAUGCAAUCCCCGGUGGCGGUGCUGGUGACGGCUGCACAAGGUUGCGUCGCCGAAGACUACACGCUUCAUUUUCGAACAGACUUCGUGGUCUACUGCCGAUUAGUCUUGACGCGACUGAUUGAGCUCUUCAGCUGGAUCCCACUCGAUGGCUGUCUCGCGCCUGCCAGCAACAGCCCGAACUUGAUCGUGGGCAAGCUUUGGAGCGCCUGCGACAACAUCAUCGAUAUGGCCAAAGUAGGCGUCAAGGGCUACAUUGCUGCAAAGAUUGACAAUUGGAGAGAUACGCUCAAAGAUAUCCGCGUUGAGCUGAAGGGGUGGAGUAUGGAGGAGCCCGACGGGGCCCAAGACAACGAAGAGGACAAGGACGAAGAGGACGACGACGGUGUUAACUCCUCCGACGAAGCCCAGGACCUCGUCGACCAGCUCAUGGGCGGGCCCGAUCCCAUCCCUGCUGACGAUCCGCACGAGAUCCGCCCCCGACUGAACGUUGCCAUCAAGCGGCUUGGCCUCAUAUAUCUGUUUUACCAAGCCGUGGUGAAGCGACGCAUCAAGACGGCCCCCACGCUGCCUCCCCCCUCCCGCGGCGCUGCCAUCGACGUUUGCAAGCGUCUCGAGGACGCUCUCGUCGUCCUGGAGAAGCUGCCGGAUCAUUUUGAAGCCAUCGCUCAUGCCUUGUACGAUCAAGACACGGAACUUGCCGACACGACCAUGGACAUUUGCAUGACCGAGACGUCCAUCGCGGUCCAGUUGCUUAAGAGCGACUGGCAAGGCGACAGAGACGACGAAUUCUCCAAGUGGCUGCACAAGUUCCAAACGCAAUUUCAAGAGUGCGGGCUAAGUGACGGGUCAUAGGACGACUCAGAACCGUAGCUCACGUUCAAUAAGAGGAGCUAAACCCCGACUUGAUACCCCCCUUCGCUCCCUCCCACUGCCAAAGUCAGGUCGCCCAAACUUGACCUGGCAUCGACGCCGUUUCUCUUUAUCUCUUGUCGUCCCUGGCGCCCUGUCUGCUCCCUUCGCCGCAUCCGUCACUCGCAUUCGACCUUGCAGCCCGAUCCUGCAACUGGAGGAGCUUGAUCCAUACCUUGUCACGUCUUCUUCCCAUCCUGGGCGCCGUUCGCCGUUUUGUGUGUUCGAUCACUGGCUGUCCGACGUGGCUCGAGCCUUGAACCGAGUGCUCUCUGUCGAUGUCGUCCCGAUGCCUCGUUAUCCCGUAUUCUUCUAGUACGGCAGAAUCGGCGCUGGUACCGGCGUUCAUGGUGCGAAAUGUGGCCCUGGAUGAGGCUCUGAUACCCCACCCUUUAUUUAGAGUGUAAUAAGUGGUCGGCGGAAAGGUCGUGGCUUUUCUUUCGGCUGGCGCCACGACUACGAAGAGGGUCGUGGGGAUAGAGUAAAUAGACGAGGAAACAGAAUACCUGAGUAACAGAGCAGAAAUGGUCAAAACUCCCAUAAAUGACCCGGGGCGCUUUGUCUGGUCUUUAUAUUCGUGAACCCGAC